AACUCGAGAUUCACGCACUGGACGUCAAUUGGCAUCUCAGUUAAGAGAGAACGACAUCCAAAUAUCUUUGUUCCUGUAAAGAUAUUGACAUUUUCUUAAUUUUGUCAAGAUGCUUUCAAGUCGGUCACCAAGAGCAACUCAAGAAAUUACUGCACAACUGAGGAAAUCGAAGAUUAACGACGAAAACGAGAUGCCAGAAAACUUAAAAAACACAGUUUUAAACAACAGAAAAGUUCUUGGAGACAGCAAUAUACCCAAUAUUAUAGAAAAAACAAACGAGCCAAUCAAGAAAACAUCCAGAAAGCCCAAGAAAGUUGAACCCUUGCUGGAGGACAAUCCCCGACGCUUUGUAGUCUUCCCAAUCCAGUACCAUGAUAUCUGGCAAAUGUACAAGAAGGCUGAAGCCUCAUUCUGGACUGCUGAGGAGGUCGAUCUCUCCAAGGAUCUGGGUCACUGGGAAGCUCUGAAGGAUGAGGAACGCCACUUCAUCUCCCAUGUUCUUGCUUUCUUUGCUGCCAGUGAUGGAAUCGUCAAUGAAAAUUUGGUGGAGAGGUUCAGUAAAGAAGUACAGGCUACAGAGGCCCGAUGUUUCUAUGGAUUCCAGAUUGCCAUGGAAAACAUCCACUCCGAAAUGUACAGCUUACUCAUUGAUACCUACAUCAAGGACCCCAAACAGAGAGAUUACCUCUUCAAUGCCAUUGAGACCUUGCCAUGUGUCAAAAAGAAGGCAGACUGGGCCAUUAAGUGGAUCGGUGACCAGGAAGCUGACUUUGGAGAGAGAGUAGUGGCCUUUGCUGCAGUGGAGGGUAUCUUCUUCAGUGGAAGCUUUGCUGCCAUCUUCUGGCUGAAGAAGCGAGGAAUCAUGCCAGGGCUUACCUUCAGUAAUGAGCUGAUUAGUAGAGAUGAGGGAUUACACUGCGACUUUGCCUGCCUGAUGUUCAGCCAUCUCUUAAACCGUCCAUCCAAAGAAAGAAUAUAUGAAAUCAUCUGUGAUGCCGUCAAGAUUGAACAAGAAUUUCUGACGGAAGCUCUGCCUUGUAACCUCAUAGGGAUGAACUGCAAACUGAUGAAACAGUACAUUGAAUUUGUUGCUGACAGACUACUACUAGAACUUAAAUGUGAAAAGGUUUACAAUGUCGAGAACCCUUUUGACUUUAUGGAACACAUAUCCUUGGAAGGAAAGACAAAUUUCUUUGAAAAGCGUGUCGGGGAAUACCAGAAAAUGGGCGUCAUGAAUGGAAAUGAUUCCUCCAAGCAUGAGUUUACUCUUGAUGCCGACUUCUAAAUGCUCAUAUAACUGCAUCUUAUCAUUUAUCAAAAAUUAUUUUACAUUUCAUUUACACAUUUUAAGGUAUCAUGCAAACAUUUUUUUUAUUUUCUUUUAGCUCCAUAAUGAAAUAUUUAGCCAUUCAAAAAAGUUGAAGUAUUCUUAAUCCUCCAAUUUCAUUUUUUUUUAUUUUAUUUUAAAAUCUCUUAUGCUCAUGUGGAUGUUUUGAGGUAUUUAGAUUUUUUAGCUUUUUAAGAUGAAUACCUCAUUAAUCAUUUUUUAUUCCUUUAUUUUGCCCUAUUUUAUGUUGUAUAGACAUUGACUAUUUAUGUGUGCAAGAGAAUCUUAGUGCAAGUUUGUUAUUUAGUGUUUUAUGAAUGAUGAACAAUAAAUGUUUUAUAUGUACAA